AUUUAGUUCACAGACAGAUGGUGUAGUCUGAGAAGGAUUUUUCUGUUUUUACCUCUGUGGGAAUACCUAUAUCCAGAUUCAUAUCAUGGCUGGAAAGCAGCAUUCCAGAAAAUGGAGCAGACACAAUGGAAUUCAGAAUAAAUUAUUUCGAAACAAAUGAAGAAUUGGCAUUUGGAACUCCUUAAAUUUACUAAACUUGGGUGAUGACAUUCACAUAAAUUCAGGGUGUUUUGGCCUAAAUGUUACCUUCAACUCUUGGAUAUCUUCUCUGAUACUGUAAGUUAAAGUUAAUCGCAAGGCUGUUGUUCUGAAUCUGACCUUGGACAAAUAAUGGAGGGGUUUGGGUAUGAGCACUUUCGAGAAGGAGAGAACGAGAGCCAGCAGGUAGACUAUCAAAGACUUGUAGGAGACACUCAGUGCUCAUGUACAAAUGUUUCAUCCCGGGAAGGGGAACGUUAUGUCCGGCAAAGCUCGCACGGUCAUGAAACGGCAGCUCAGAGAUACAAAGCCACACGGAUCCAAGCUGGCCUAGGCCCAGAGAGCAUGGCGGAUUACCUGAUAAGUGGUGGCACAGGUUACGUCCCUGAUGAUGGGCUCUCGGCACAGCAGCUCUUCUCUACUGGAGGUGGUCUUACAUACAAAUCUGACCAACAGUGUGUUGUCUCCGAUGGUCAAACGGCUGAAGAGCUAUGCUCUAAAGGAGAUGGGUUGACUUACAACGAUUUCCUGAUUUUACCUGGCUUCAUUGACUUUACCUCAGACGAAGUGGACCUGACGUCUGCACUGACCAGGAAGAUCACAUUGAAAACCCCUCUCAUUUCAUCCCCCAUGGACACUGUCACAGAGUCAGCCAUGGCAAUUGCUAUGGCGCUAAUGGGAGGCAUUGGCAUUAUUCACCACAACUGCACACCAGAAUUCCAAGCCAAUGAGGUCCGCAAGGUCAAGAGGUUUGAACAGGGUUUUAUUACAGACCCAGUUGUUAUGAGUCCACGCCACACAGUUGGGGAUGUGUUUGAGGCCAAAGUAAGACACGGUUUCUCUGGUAUUCCUGUCACAGAGACAGGAAAAAUGGGCAGCAAACUGGUGGGCAUUGUCACCUCCAGAGAUAUUGACUUCCUUUCUGAGAAAGACCAUGGCAAACCUUUGGAGGAGGCUAUGACUAAGAGGGAGGAGCUGGUAGUGGCUCCUGCUGGUGUUACACUAAAAGAAGCCAAUGAUAUUUUGCAGCGCAGCAAAAAAGGCAAGCUUCCCAUUGUAAAUGAUAAUGAUGAGCUAGUGGCAAUUAUUGCCAGAACAGACCUAAAGAAGAACAGGGAGUACCCUUUAGCCUCCAAAGACUCACGCAAACAGCUACUCUGUGGCGCUGCUAUUGGCACCAGGGAGGAUGACAAAUACAGACUGGACCUGCUAGUGCAAGCUGGAGUGGAUGUCGUCGUACUGGACUCUUCACAAGGCAACUCAGUGUAUCAGAUUGGCAUGAUACAUUAUAUUAAGCAGAAGUAUCCAGACUUACAAGUGGUGGGAGGAAAUGUGGUUACAGCAGCCCAGGCCAAGAAUCUGAUUGAUGCUGGUGUGGAUGCUCUGAGAGUCGGCAUGGGCUGUGGCUCCAUCUGCAUCACACAAGAAGUCAUGGCAUGCGGACGACCCCAGGGGACCUCUGUGUACAAGGUGGCAGAGUAUGCUAGGCGUUUUGGUGUGCCAGUCAUUGCUGAUGGUGGCAUUCAGACUGUGGGCCAUGUGGUGAAGGCUCUAGCUCUUGGCGCAUCAACUGUUAUGAUGGGCUCCUUGCUAGCGGCCACGACUGAGGCUCCUGGAGAAUACUUCUUCGCAGAUGGUGUGCGGCUGAAAAAGUAUCGUGGCAUGGGCUCCCUGGAUGCAAUGGAGAAAAGCACUAGCAGUCAGAAACGCUAUUUUAGUGAGGGUGACAAGGUGAAGGUAGCCCAGGGUGUGUCAGGCUCAGUUCAGGACAAGGGCUCCAUCCACAAGUUUGCACCUUACCUGAUAGCAGGAAUCCAACAUGGGUGCCAGGACAUUGGGGCAAAGAGUCUCUCUGUCCUCCGUUCCAUGAUGUACUCUGGAGAGCUGAAGUUUGAGAAGCGUACCUUAUCUGCACAGGUGGAGGGUGGUGUUCAUGGACUCCAUUCAUUCGAGAAGCGGCUUUACUGAACAGGGGUGGUGUGUGUGUGUGUGUGUGUGUGUGUGUGUGUGUGUGUGUGUGUGUGGAUCACCCGGUGCACAGGACAUACUGAAUCUCAAAGUGACCAAAUCUUAACUCACCACUUCUGUUAGAAUACACACCACCAACCACACUCUCUCUGCCCCCUGCAGCGCCAUAUCCACUGUUGCUCUCUUUCUGAUCUCAACUGGUUGAUGUGGGGGGGGGUAUUGUAGUGAAGUGAGAAUCUUCACAGUGACACCUAAUUCUCCAAACACAUUGGAUUUUGCACUUAAGAAGUGGAGCAUCAGGGUUUUUGGAAUAACAUACCCACCUGUAUCACAAGUAUGCAGACCAAUCCCAGUUUUGUGUGCGUGUUGAUGGUAGUGAGUGAAAAGAGUGGAUGAAUUAAGAGUAGUGUGCUUGAAUUUGUGAGAUAUGUGUGUGUGUGUGUGUGUGUGUGUGUGUGUGUGAGGACAAAGAAAGUGAAGGUGCAUUAUGUUUGUCCUGUUACUAUUAGUUGACAACACCCAUUGUGCAGGCCCCAUCAGCAUCCCUUUUGCCCCCCUCCCCUCCCCUCUUUUUUUUUUUUUAUUUUUUUUUUAUUUAUAUAUUUUUUUUGAGGUCUACCAGCAACCUGUGAGUUGCCUCAAACAUCCCACUUACUAAACAGACUAGGUCAUGUGUGCAGGGAACAAGACAAACACUUGUCUGUGUAGUGUGCCAGUCAAUCGCAGCAAACAUCAUCACAGGUAUACGCUACAUGAAGUAGCCUCUUACAGUUCAGCAUUUGUUUAAGUGUAUUGUGAAGUCACAAUAUUGGCCAUGGUAGUCAUCUUGUCAACUUUGUCUCCUUCAACGUCAGCAGUAGAUGGAGCUCAGACCUCCCAACAUUUUAUCUUCAUGGAUACUCAUACUGACAGACUGAGCCAAAUAGCCAGUUUCCCAUCUCCAUGUGUAGUGUUAAUGUGUUGAGCAAGGAAGGGACCAAAAUCUGAAGAUCAGGUAUAUUUAAGAGAGAAGACAUUAAAAUGUGUCAAUCAAAAAUAGUCUGACAAUUUCUUUGCCCAUAGUUUGAAUACUUUUAGAUAAAACAGCUUUAUAUUAAACCUGUAUAGACUGGGGGGGGGGGGGCUUUUAAAUUGAGCAUGAAGGGUUUUUGAUAUGCAUUUUUUUUUCCUUUUUCACUAAGCCAGAGAUGGCUGUAUUUAUAUUCUGCUUUAAUUGCAUACAUACUGCCGAGUGUAUUUACACUUCCUUUGACACUCUUCUUUUGUAAGUUAAAAACCAAAAUUGGUGCAACAAGUCACUCCUCAGUUUUUUUUUCAUUCCUACUCUCUUCACGUUGUGGCAUAGUUUCUCUGUGAGUUUAUAGCAUCUGAUUUAAGUGUCUUUUCACCGGAGAUAUGCCUUGAAAUGGGGAUGGAUAACAGCUGCAGUGUGACUAAGUGAAAUUGCAUUGAAAUGCAUAAUGUUACAGACCUUCUUGACUCCUUUUCUUAAUUUAAAACGGUAUUGUUGUUAUUUAGCUUAUGUAGUAGUAGGCUUUUCUAACACUUUCAUACAGGAUGUCCUCCCCAUUCCCCCCCCAAUAAGAUGUCCUGGAUUGUAAGAGUUGCUUUCUUUAAUAUGCUAAUGUACAACACCCACACAGGGUUCACUGACAAAGAUCUUGCAGCUGGGCUGAAUUGCAAGAUAAUGUAAGUGAAAGUAUAUGGAGGAUUAUAUACCUGUAGUUGGAAAUGACUGCUGCUGGUUUUCAGUUUCCUCACCUUAACAUUGUAAUUCAGGUUUAUAAACUGUCUUAAGUUGUCAAGUACUGAGUCCUGUUGGUCCAUCUAAAAAAAAAAAAAA